AAUGAUGAUGAGGAACACAAUGAAAAUAAUCGAAAUGAAAAUAAUGGAAAUGAAAAUAAUGGAAUUAGCAAACUUGUAAUAGUAACAACAAUUGUGCUACAAGAAGUGUUAAUGAAACAAAUGAUGAAGACACACACAAGUUUUUAAGUCAACAGCAAGAAUGCUUAGCUGAAGACAGUAGUUUAAAAAUGUCCACCCCUAUUACAGCGGAUAUUGAGCAGAAUGGAAAAGAAAAAGAUGUAGAAAAAACAUUCUACAAUCAAAUCAAAGAGGGCAACACUGAUGGCAGCAAAGAAGCUGAAUACCAGGAAGAUAAUUAUGAAGUGAAUAUCCCAAAAUCCCAGAAUGCCUUUAAAGUCAAGACAGUUGCCAGUUCUGAUGAAAAUACACGAUACCACACCAUAGCCCACAGGAUGCCUAAGGCCACCACACACACAUCUGAUGGCUCAAAAACAAUGCAUGCAAGAGCAUUAAGAACUCUUGCCUCUGAGGUGUCCAUGUCAGGGUUCAAAAACAUAUUGAAACAAGAUCUAAUGGAGUCAAGGGUGGACAACUACGCCUACAACAACCCCUUUGACAAACCUACUGACAAACCCUCUGAUAAUGAAUGUGGGAAUGAGAGUAUCCUGAAAAGAUCUCUACCAGCCCCCCCGCUGUCAAGAUCCCCAAGUGACCUUGCAUCAGGUUCAAGCUUAGAUUUAAAACCUGACCUUAAAUCAAUCUUCAAUGAUUGUGAUGCCCAACUUUAUUGUGAAAUCUCUGAUACGCUUCGAGCAAAUAAAAAUGAUACUGAUAAUUUUCAAGCAGAUAAUAAUGUAGAUAAUAAUCUUACACUAUAUGCUUUUACUCCUUGCACCUUUGAUGCACAAGUAUUGUAG